UCCCUCUUCUCUUUCCCCGGAUUCAUCUAUUCAAGACGCAAUUCGCCAUGACCCAGAAGAUUGCCAUCCUUUCCGUCUAUGACAAGACUGGCCUUAUUGACUUUGCUAAAGAGCUUGUCGCCUUGAAUGUUCGCAUUCUCGCUUCAGGCGGCACCUCCAAGGCCAUUGCUGCCGCUGGUUUGCCUGUUGAGGAUGUCUCUGCCAUCACCAAAGCACCUGAGAUCUUGGGUGGUCGUGUCAAGACUCUUCACCCUGCCGUUCACGGAGGUAUCUUGGCUCGUGACAUCUCUUCGGAUGAGGCUGAUCUUGCUGCUCAGGCUAUCCAGAAGAUCGACAUUGUCGCCUGCAACCUUUAUCCCUUCAAGGAGACUGUUGCUAAGGAGGGCGUCACCAUCCCUGAAGCUGUUGAAGAGAUCGACAUUGGCGGUGUCACUCUUCUACGUGCUGCUGCCAAGAACCACAUCCGUGUCAGCAUUCUCUCAGAUCCCAAGGACUAUGCCACCGUGAUUGCUGAGCUCAAGCAACACAACAAGGUCUCAGAUGAGACUCGUCAGAAGCUUGCACUUAAGGCUUUCAACCAAACCUCUGAGUACGAUGAGGCUAUCUCUAAUUACCUGCGUCAGCAAUAUGCUGCUGGUUCUCAACAACUCACUCUCCGUUAUGGUGCUAACCCUCACCAGAAGCCCGCCCAGGUCUUUACUAAGAACGGAGAUCUUCCUAUCAAGGUCUUGUCGGGAUCUCCUGGAUAUAUCAACUUACUUGAUGCACUUAAUGCCUGGCCCUUGGUCAAGGAGCUUACUCAGGCCCUUGGUCUCCCCGCUGCUGCUUCGUUCAAGCACGUUUCUCCCGCUGGCGCAGCCGUUGCUGUUCCUUUGUCGGAUAUUGAGAAGAAGGUGUACCAUGUGGACGACCUUAAGCUCCCUCUUUCACCCGUGGCUUCUGCUUAUGCUCGUGCCCGAGGUGCUGACCGUAUGAGCUCAUUUGGUGACUGGAUUGCGGUCUCCUCGACUGUGGACUUGAUUACCGCCAAGAUCAUCUCGCGUGAAGUGUCAGAUGGUAUCAUUGCGCCUGGAUAUGAUGAUGAUGCUUUGGAACUGUUGAGGAAAAAGAAGAACGGCAAGUACACGGUCUUGCAGAUGGACCCCAACUAUGAACCUCAGGAGCUCGAGUCCCGUCAGGUCUAUGGUCUGACUCUUCAGCAGAAGCGCAAUGAUGCCAAGAUCGAUGCCUCAUUGUUCAACAACCUUGUCACCAAGAACAAGAACCUCCCAGAGAGUGCUGUCCGUGACUUGAUCGUCGCCACUAUUGCUUUGAAGUAUACCCAGUCCAAUUCUGUCUGCUAUGCCAAGGACGGUAUGGUUGUUGGUCUCGGCGCUGGCCAGCAGUCUCGUAUCCAUUGCACGCGUCUUGCUGGAGACAAAGCUGACAACUGGUGGCUCCGUCACCAUCCCAAGAUCCUUGCCUUCAACUUCAAGAAGGAGACCAAGCGCGCCGACAAAUCGAACGCGAUUGAUCUGUAUGUCUUGGACAAGAUUGGCGAGGGCGAGGAGCGUGCUGCUUGGGAGAGCCAGUUCGAGACUGUUCCUACACCAUUGACGGCUGAGGAACGUGCUGCACACAUGAAGGAGCUCAAGGAUGUGGUUGUUUCUUCGGAUGCUUUCUUCCCCUUUACGGACAAUAUCCAGAGGGCUCACAAGUCCGGAGUCAAGUACAUUGCUGCCCCUAGCGGAUCCAUUCAGGAUGACCAGGUGAUUGCUGCUGCUGACUCACACGACAUGGUUCUCGCUCACACCAGCCUUCGUCUCUUCCACCACUAA